UGUUGUGUUGUGAGUGGUGUUGUUACGAAUAACUUUCAAUUGAAAGUUUGCUGCUUGGCCUAUUAUUCGUGGCCGCGAAAAUGUUUACGCAUAAUACUUAAAGUCAACGUGUACACGUUGCAAUUCUGUGUUAAAUAUAAAUGAAAAGGAGCUGUAUUUCAAGGGUAUAAACGUUGUUCCUUCGAGACGAUAUAAUUGUAUUGUUCAUAGAGCGGGAAUCGUUGAAUAUUGCACAAUGGCAGAUUUCGAUGCAAUUUACGAAGAGGAAGAAGAAAAUGAACAAAAUUUAGAAGAACAUUACGUGACUGUGGUACCAGAUCCUAUAGUUAUUCGCGGGGCUGGUAAUAUAACUGUAUUUGGACUUAGCAAUCGUUUUGAAUCAGAAUUUCCAAAUGGCUUGGUCUCACGUGUUGCUCCAGAGGAAUUUAAAGCAACUGUUAUGAGAAUAAACAGUGUGCUGAAGAAAACAUUACCAGUUAAUGUUAAGUGGUUAUUUUGUGGUUGUGUUUGCUGCUGCUGUACAUUAGGAUGUUCUCUUUGGCCUGUUAUUUGUUUGAGUAAAAGGACACAACAUUCAUUAAACAAAUUAUUGGAGUGGGAAAAUAGUAGGCUGUAUCACAAACUUGGAUUACAUUGGAGAUUGGCAAAACAAAGAUGUGAUACUUCGUCCAUGAUGGAAUACGUUCUAUUAAUUGAAUUUAUUCCAAAAAUACCCAUAUAUAAACCUGACUAAAGAAAAGAUCUGG